AUGAAAAAGAAAUUUCAAUGUAAUAAUAAAUAAAUAACCCUUGGUUUUUGUCAAUUUUUAAAAUCCUGAAUAUAGCAUAGGAAAAAUGAUCAGGUAGCCAAUUCACCGUUAACCUAAGAAAGAGAAGUAGCUGUAGUAAUAGGAAGAGGAUGAUCGGCGUCGGAAAGAUCAAGCAGUACAGUAACGUCCUCGACAAGCCCCUCACCAAGGGCAAGCAAGAGGUUAGUUUGAGUGCAUUCGCGUUCUUGUUCUCGGAGCUUGUUCAGUACAACCAAACGCAGGUCGACAACAUUGGCGAGCUCGAACGAAGACUGGAGGAUGCUGGAUAUGCGGUUGGGGCUCGAGUUCUUGAGCUGCUUUGCCACAGAGAUAAGGGAAACAGAAGAGAGACACGGCUGUUGAAUAUUCUUUCUUUUGUACACAGUACAGUGUGGAAAGUAUUAUUUGGAAAGGUAGCUGAUUCACUGGAGAAAGGAACUGAACAUGAAGAUGAAUACAUGAUCAGUGAAAAGGAGCUCCUAGUAAACAAAUUCAUUUCUAUCCCAAAGGACAUGGGAACGUUUAACUGUGGAGCAUUUGUUGCUGGAAUAGUACGGGGCGUUUUGGAUGGUGCCGGGUUUCCAGCUGUUGUAACAGCUCAUUUUGUCCCCAUGGAAGGUCAACAACGACCACGGACAACAAUUUUGAUAAAAUUUGCUGAAGAGGUGUUACGAAGAGAAGCAAGAUUAGGCUGAUGCUUAUACCAAGAAUUUUCAAUUAAAAAUAUUUUAAUGCUGUACACCAAUAUAGAAAGAUGUGGAACUUGCACCUAUGGAUGUGAAAAAGUAAUUUAGGAUUUUCACCAGCCUACCCUAUUGAUUUGUCAAUUGAACUCAUGCUUUUCAUUCUAAUGUAUGUUCUGCUUUGGAGUCGGGGAGUUGUUCUUUCUGAUUUACAUUGUACAAAAAAUCUCGUGUUGUUAAUUUCCAUUUGUCUCACUCCUAAUAUAAUUGAGCAUCAAACUGAGGAA